AUGGAUGUGAGUUUGUCUUUGCAAGAGGAAUGGAGCCCGGAGCUUCUCAGUGAGCUGCAACGUGUCCAGGGGCCCAUCAAGGCCCAUCAAGGCCCCACAAGUCCUGUCCCAGAUCGUGCCGCCAUGGCGGCUGUGGGCGUGAACCAUCCGGCCCCCUUGAACGUGGAUUUGAAGACACCGGUAGAUGUGAAUGCUCCAAUUGAUGCGAGAGACAUUGACUUGGUCCAGCAGACCUUUGCUCGAGUGGCAAUGAUGGGCUCCAACGCGAUUGGGCGACUCCUCUUUAUGAACAUUUUCAAGAUCGCGCCGGAGGCGGUGAAGCUUUUCCCCAUGGCCAAUUGUGAUGCGAACAUGUGGCGCCCGGGGAGCGCUCUGGAGGUGCAUGUUUUAAAGGUGGUGGAGACGGUGGCCACGGCGGUGUCACUCCUGAAGGAUCUCGACACUUUGGUGCCCGUGCUGCGGGGCCUGGGGUUGAAGCACGUAGGCUAUGGGGUGCAGCCAGCCCACUAUGACGUGGUGGGGCAGGCCCUGAUCGCCACUUUGCAGCUCUCUCUGGGGCGUCAUUUCACGGAGCCGGUGAAAAAUGCCUAUCUGAAAGUUUGGACAGCUGUCCCGGUGCUGGAGAGUGGCUCCUUAGAGGAGAGCAACCAGUGUGUCUGGUCGCCAGACUGGCCGCGAAACUUUAAAGAUGACAGCGGCCUCAGAUGGAGCACUUGGGCCCAUGAUGCGCGAGGUCUGGAGGAAGGGCCUUUGGUGAAGCCGGACCUCCUUUCUGACACAGCCAUGGCCUUACCCAUGAGCACCAUGACCUCCGGAAAGCGGAAGACCUAUGCGAAUCGGAGCAUGUUUCAGGCGCACGUGUGCUGUGUGAUGGACCCUGAACAAGUUCCGAAGAUCAUGGAAUCCCUGCAGAAGAGCCCGCAUUUGUCGUCCGCCCGCAGUUGGCCCCAUGCGUGUCGGAUCCUUUCGCCCUUUGAUGGACAGGUGCACGUCUGUAGCGAGGACGAUGAGGACCCCGGUGCGGGCGAGAAGAUCUUAGGGCUACUGGAAAGAAUGGGUCUGGAGAAUCUGCUCUUGGUCGUCUCCCACUGGAAUUCAGGUGGGGUGAACCGAUUGGGCACGGAGCUCUUCAAGUGUGUGACGGAGCAGUGCAAGGAACUGCUGAAGGAACUGCAAGAGGCGCUGCGUGCCUCCUUUCCUCCCGAGGAGCUGCUCCUGAGGUCGGAUGCUGAAGAACAGCCUUUGGAGGAUGGCCCGACGCCGAAUGGAAGUGGUAUCGAGUCAACCAGCGACCUCCCGGAGCUCUGGGAUGAUGCCACCAGUUGGCACGUGGAUGUUGGCGCCAUCGGUGCCACGCCGCCUGCCGAGUUGAUGCAUGCCAGCCGCGGAGUGGGCAUCCAAUCUAGUCGACGUACCUGGCCAAAGAGUAGCGCGCCAUCGUCAAGCAGAACAGGGGCGGAGCCACCUGUGGUGGGACGAUCCUGCUUUAGAGCCGGGCGUGCAGAUGCCAUGGCUACGGAACAUGGGAGUGUUGCCAGCACCAGCACAGAACGGACCAGCAAAUUUCAUGAGGCCUCGCAGACCUUCAUGACGGAGGGUGACAUCCCUGAAGGAGUGGACUUCAAUGAUCUUUCCAAUGAGGAAUUGGAGAAGUUAUGUCAGCAGCUCGAGAACGACAGGGAGAGCCUAGAGGGGAAGCUGGCAGCGCAUCAAGAGGUCAUUGAGAGCUUCAGGGUGCCAGGCUUCAGCAAAGGCUCCCGGAAACUGAGAGACCCGUUUCGGAAGACUCGAAGCUCCGAGAGCUCAUUUCUCGCCGUCCGAAGUGGCUGA